CAAUGAAACAGAAAGUUUAACAGAAUUGAGAUUAUUUUUAAAGGAAAGGAAACAAAAGGAAUUUCGUUGCAAAAUGCGCCAUAACGACGUUUCAACGAUUGAGCAAUCGUUUUGACAAUAUUCACAUUUUUACAUUAUUUAAAUGGAGUAUAUACACUUUGAAAAGCAAGAAGGUUCAUUAUGUGCGCAACAUUGCUUAAACUCUCUUCUUCAAGGACCAUAUUUUACUGCUGUUGAUUUAGCCCAGCUUGCGUAUGAACUAGAUGAAGCAGAAAGAUGCACAAUGGCAGAGGGUGAUAUUAACUCUGAGGAAUAUGCCAAGUUUAUGAAUCAACCAUCAUCAAACCUGGAUGAUAGUGGUUUCUUUUCCAUUCAGGUUAUUUGUCGAGCAUUGUCUGUGUGGAAUUUGACUGCCAUACCUUACUCAAAUCCAGAAGUUGAAAAUGCCAGACAUAACCCUGCUGGUGAAAAGGCAUUUAUUUGUAAUCUUCAACAACAUUGGUUCACAAUAAGAAAGCUCGGCUUACAGUGGUUUAACCUCAACUCGGUGUCGUCAGGUCCUGAACUUGUAUCUGAAACAUACCUCUCAUUGUUUUUAAGACAGUUGCAGAAUGAUGGUUACUCAAUCUUUAUUGUUCGUGGUGAGUUUCCAGAAAGUGAAUCAGACCAAAUGCUCACCUUACUUCCGGUAGAUCCAACAGAAGUCAAGUCAACUUCUACAAGAGGAAAAAUAAAACUGUUGCAAACACAAGAGAACCACCAGUAGGAGAAUCAAAAACAGUAAAUGUUGAUGAAGUAAGAAGAAAACGACAACAAUUUUAUGCCACCAAAUUUAACAACUCUGACGAAACAACAUCAACUACAAACAACAUAGCUUCAACAUCAAAUGCAGAUGAAACAGAAGAUGAAAUGUUACAAAGAGCUUUGGAGCUCUCCUUAAUAAACAAAUAAAGUUGCCACACGUCAGUAAAACAGAAAGUGCUUACACUUAAAGCCAUGGGAACUUACCAAGUAGUGAAAGUUCCCAGUGCCUUACUCUUCCAUAACGUCAACCACAAAAGCCAACCAUAUUGGACAAACCAUAUGCACAGAAAUUUACAAAAUUUACAAAACAAUUGAUUAUCUUUAGUAUAAUCACAGAUUUUUUCAUUCCUCCUUGUUAGCUAAUAAGGUUUUCGUAGGCUACAAAUGAUUUAAUAGAGAAUACACGCGAA